GACCGGAAGUAAUAGUGAAACAGAGGAAAGAGGGGAAAUUAUUUUGUCACGUGAGACAAAUAUAUUACUGGCUGUAAACCAAUCAGAAGGUCGGAAAUAAGAAUCGGGGAUUGCUGCCGAAACCGUCUAUGUCGGGCGAAUUUUGUUAUUUGUGUUUUUUCGCCCUGGAAAGCCUUCGUGGCUUCAACUUGUGAGAAACAUGACCGAGAAUGGUUUUGAAAACUCUGGAUUAAUUCACCACGAGCUCAGAAACGCUAAUUUAACAGGACAUGAAGACGAAAAGGUUGGACUGGAGAAUUUUGAGCUUCUUAAAGUGCUUGGAACCGGAGCUUACGGAAAAGUUUUUCUCGUUCGUAAGCGAGGCGGAUACUUUUCGGGGAAUCUGUACGCGAUGAAGGUGCUUAAAAAGGCUACGAUUGUCCAGAAGGCUAAGACAGCUGAACACACACGCACAGAAAGACAAGUGUUGGAAGCCGUUCGCCGGUGUCCAUUUUUAGUGACAUUACAUUGGGCUUUCCAGACCGAAUCGAAGCUUCAUUUGAUUAUGGAUUACGUGAAUGGCGGAGAACUUUUCACCCAUUUGUACCAAAGAGAGAAGUUUACUGAAGACGAAGUUAGAAUAUAUAUUGGAGAAAUUAUUAUUGCAAUCGAGCAUCUUCACAGACUCGGAAUAAUUUACCGUGACAUCAAAUUAGAGAACAUUUUGCUGGACUCAGAUGGUCAUGUCGUGAUUACGGACUUUGGGCUGAGCAAGGAAUUUUCAACACCCAAUUCGGGGGAAAGGGCAUAUUCAUUUUGUGGUACAAUUGAGUACAUGGCCCCUGAAGUCGUUAAAGGUGGAAGCAGAGGACAUGAUAAGGUAUGUACUAAGAAAUAGUCUCGAGAUUUCCAUAAUCCCUCAAUUAAUAAUGCAUACAGUUUUGUAACCUUUCUAUUCUUGACUGCUAUUCGUGCAUCAAGGAUUAUGUGGAAUAAAUUGUAUGCGUAAGCAUAAUGAAGUCUGGAACUACACAGGAUGCUUUCCAAAUCCUUUCUCCUAAAGAUGAUAAUUAACAUUUUGAUUGAGGCAAUAAUAAAUUCUGUACAGUGAAUUUGGAGUGUAUUACUAUAAAUUAGUAUACAUGUUAGUCAUGGUAAUUUUCUUCAAUUAUGCUAGUCUAAUUACAGUCACAUGCCUCGCUAACAGUAAGCAACUUAAUGGUAGCAGGGCACUAUUAUUUCUAUAAAACAUCUUGCAUGUGCCUCUUCUACUUUGCUUUCACCUUCACUCCUAAGAGGUGAUCAAGAACCUUUAUCUUGGAAACUAUUGUUUAAACAUAGCUGUCUACAGGCCUUGCAAAGAACCUCCCAUUUUGGUAUAGGCAUAAAUUCAUGCAUUCUCAAAAUUUGACUUGGUCAUGAGAACUGUUGUUAAAGAUGCAAAAUGGUAAAUGGAACACAAAUUUCUAUUUGGAACAUUCCACUGUAGAAAAG